UCACCACUGCGGUGGUAACCUAAUGACAGUCAACACGACAGCAUGAUAUGAGACUUUGAUAAACAUCCCGCGAGACGAUUCAAACAUGGCCAUGGAACGAUCAACACGAGUAGACUUAAUCAAAACGAUAGAAAGUCAAAAGGAACAACUACAGCGAUAUGAAAAAAGACUUAGAGAUAUGGUGCAGGCCUACAAAGGCUUGAUAAAGGAGAAGGAGGCAUUAGAAGCUAGUGUUAAGGUCUUGUCAAAAUCUAGCAAAGAGGAAAGGUUACCUAGGCAACCAAACCGUCCAACAACCACAGAUGAUGGUGGGGAUUCCUCGGCGGCAGAGAGCGAUACUGAGGGGAAGCAGUUUGAUGACCCAUUACAGAAAGAGUCAGUGGAUCCUGAGAACCCAAGUGAGCAUGAUGAUCAGCUCCAGACCCUCACUGCCUCCCUCUUUACCCUCACGCAGGAGAAGUCAAAGCUAGAGGCCAGCUACAUCAGCGACAAGAAACGCCUCAUACAAGAGAAUGAAGAUUUGUCCAGUAAACUGGUGGAAGAACAGAAUAAACACAAGGUUGAAAUGAAGUCGUUGGAACAAGCAUCAAACGAGUUAAAAAACCGGAUCCGAUCUCAGCAGGCUGAGAGAGAAAAGGAACAGAAUGAUCAUGCUUCCAUGCUGAGAGAAUUACAGCGUCUUCUCGCUGAUGAGCGAAACUCUAAAGAACAGCUAGAAAACCAGCUGGAAGACACAACAGCAGCCCUCAGAGAGAAAGAAAAACUUGUGCCAAACAUGUCUGAACACUAUGAGACACGGAUACAGGAUAUGACACAAGAAGUCAAUAGUCUGCGUUCUAAACUCAAGGUCAUGGAGGUCAAGGCCAAGGAACCCUCACCCCUAGUCCUCACUCUGCAGACAGAGGUUGCCGAGCUUAAGGCUCAGUAUAGAGUACAAGUACAGCAGGAACAACACAGAGUAUCUGAGGCUGAGACUAAGCUUAAACAGCUGUCAGAGCAGAGUGAGAAGAGAGUGUCCACACUGGAGGCCAAAAUCUCAGAACUUUCUGAUGUUGUCGGGGAUUAUGAGCGCCUCCGAUUCCAGGAUCAGCAGACGACACAGAAACUGAAGGACAGACUGAUGCAGCUUGACAUGGAGAACACUGUUCUCGCCAGGGCAGCACAUGCACCAGGGAAGGCGGAACCAGGCGAUAAUGACCAGGACCAGGCUAACCUUGAUCCUCAUGUGCUAGCCGAUAAACUUGUGACUCUGAAAGGGUUGCUGAAACUAGCCAAUCAAAAGGCAGCUAAUCCUGUUGACAUAGAUGAUUUACUUCAAGAGGACACAUCGUUGGAAUCAAAUAAAUAUAAAGAGGAGUUGGAAAAGGUCAAGGAAGAGUUUGAGCGGUACAAACUGCGGGCUCAGUCUGUUCUCAAAAACAAAAGUUCUAAAGAUGUAGGAAAUUCUAAGGAAGUUGAUAUGCUUAAGUCACAGAUCCAAGACCUCAAGGAGAAAAUAAAAAAUCUACAUUUUCAAAUGGAUGAGGAUAUGGAGACUUCUAAACACAGAGCUGGCAGCAUGCAAAAAACUAUUGUGUCACUGCAGGAAAAACACAAACAGGACUUGGCUACAAUGGAUGCUGAAUGCAAACAGCGCAUAGGUGAAAUGGAUAUAGAAUUGAAAAAACAAAGGGAGAGAACUGUGUCAUUACUGGCAGAAAAAGAUCGGGAAAUUUCACAGCUGAAAACAGGAGAUGUUCACAGAAUUGAAGGAUCUUAUUACAGUCAGUUGAGGAAUCCACCAGAUUCUGGGGCAUCUGCUGAAUUACCUCUAGACGUUCUUCAGUCCAAGUCGGAAGAGGAGCGUGCCGUGUCAAGGUUACUAAAUCUAGGUCACGGUGAUGCAAAUCUAAUCUAUUUCAGUCAAGAACAAGCACGUAAGGAUGUGGAAAUAAAUUCUUUACGGAAACAGAAACACGAUCUUGAACUCGCACUAAGAGACUUACAGAUUUCUGCAAGUACACAAGCGGAAUCUCUAUCAGAUACAGUUGAAACUAUGAAGGAAACAGUAAGAAAGAGUGAAAGGGACAGAGUGAGAGAAGGGGCAAAUUUGGAAUAUUUAAAAAAUGUCACUUAUAAGUUUCUCAUUAGUACAGAUCCACAUGCUAAACAACAAAUGAUGAAUGCCAUCACAACAAUUUUACAGUUUAGUCCACAAGAGAAGGCUGUAGUUCAUACCCAGUUCAGAGGAUGGUGGAAACACUAACAAGGGGAGAUAACUCCAUCACACUUUAAAAACUUAUUUGCAAUUAUUUUUUUGACCUACAUAUAUCUUUAUACAAAUCAGGCCAAAACCACUGUGAAACAUGGAACAGUAUUUCGUGAAUCUGAGAGAGUACUAACCAUUUUGAAAUUGUACAUGUAGAAAUGGAUAUUAUUUUCAGAAAAAUCUGUAGAUAUAGUAUUAUGCUAUACUUACUGAUAAAAAACUAUGGGCAGGUAAUUCAAGUGGAAAGAAAAAACAUUCAAAUACAGUGUUAUUAUCAUGUAUAGUUAAUAUCAUGUACAGUUAAAGAGAUAUUAAUUGAUAUUACAGAGAAAAAAAUUUACUUGUUUAAAAUGGAAAUUAAGACAACAUCAUACCACAGACUUAUAUGUCUGUAUAGAUCAAACGUGGGUGAUCCUACAGAUACUAAGUACUUUGCUGAGUCGUUUGGUGCUCACUCUCACUAUUAUCAUGAGAAAUUUUGUACAAUUUAUAUUAUAAUUAAUACUGUACUGAAAAUUAUCAUUAUACUGUACUGAAAAUGAUUAUUAUACCAUACUAAAAAAUAUAAUUGUACCGUACUGAAAAUGAUCGUCACCAACAUUAUGAUAUUCUGGACAAGUUAUUGAAAUCAUUAGUUUGUGUCUACCUGUGUGUCUGUAGACACAAGUUAUUGAAAUCAUUAGUCUGUGUCUACCUGUUUGUCUGUAGACACAAGUUAUUGAGAUCAUUAGUCUGUGUCUACCUGUGUGUCUGUAGACACAAGUUAUUGAAAUCAUUAGUCUGUGUCUACCUGUGUGUCUGUAGACACAAGUUAUUGAAAUCAUUAGUCUGUGUCUACCUGUGUGUCUGUAGACACAAGUUAUUGAAAUCAUUAGUCUGUGUCUACCUGUGUGUCUGUAGACACAAGUUAUUGAAAUCAUUAGUCUGUGUCUACCUAUGUGUCUAGACACAAGUUAUUGAAAUCAUUAGUCUGUGUCUACCUGUGUGUCUGUAGACACAAGUUAUCAAAAUCAUUAGUCUGUAUCUAUAUGUGUGUCUGUAGACACAAGUUGCUCUUCAGAUUUCAGUUACACUUUGUGUACAUAUUCAGUGUUUAAGGAGGUUAUCAAUUAUAUAGUUUAUUUCCCUUUUGAAUGGUAACAAGUAAGUCUGUCCAAGUGUUGCUCCAGUGGAAUUUAUUUUGCAACAUAUGACGGCUCAGUUGACAGUAUUUUUGUUUUUAUUUUCUUGGUGGUAGUGCAAUACUAUACAUUUCAAUUUUUUUAAAGGUUUGUGGGGAAAUGAUGAUCUUUUAGAGAAUUUUAACUUUGCCACACAGAAACACUUCAACAGUAAUACUUUUCUGAUUGUACAAUAUAUUUUCUUGAAAUGGAAUUUAUAGGUACUUUGAUAUAGGUAGACAGCUUUGUGUGAUAAUUUUUUCCAGUCAGCACUGAUUGACCACUUUCAAGUUUCACUAAUAUAAAUCACUAUUUUUAUUAUCUUGGGAAAUUUCUUGUUUUUGUUAUGUUCAAUAGAUAACUUCAACUAUCUCUGUAAGUCCUUUAACUUUUGCGAUCAAAUUAAGUCAGUUGUAAAUGGUGUUUCAGGUCUGUUUAAUAUGGUUGAAAGUUAUAAAUAAAGUAUUAGUAUUUUCUUAGUAAAAUUCAUAAGAUGAAUUGUUAUUGCCAAAAUUGCAUUCUAUAUUCUAGAAAAAAAUUGAAUCUUUUUCCCAACUGGAUGUGUAAAAAAAAAAAAACCAAAAAGCAUUGUGCAAUACCUUAAGUAGGAAUGUAAUUACAAUCAUGUCCAGUGAUAUUUUCAGAUCAGAAGCAGGUAUAUAUAGGGGAAAUGUUACACUGAUAGAAAAUAUUAUUAUAGAAAUUUAUUGUGUGAUGUAUAUUUUGUUUUUAAUGUAGAAUAUAUCUUUUGAAUAUUUUGAUGCAAUUCAUGUACUCUUUUGAGUGUACCCAGUCUUUACUGUGUUUAGGAUUUGGUAUGUAUUCCAUGUACAUACCUAUUUCAGGAAUGGCUCUAGAUAUUAUCCUUGUAUUUUCUAAUAUAUUUUUGGGGGAAAUGUUUUUGAUAGAUAUCACAUUUUAGCUCAAUUACAUGAGAAUUACUUUAAACGAAGCUGUAAAAUGGAAGAUAUUUCAUUUCUUAAGUUGAAUUUUUUUUCAGACCACAAAUAAGAGGGCUUAAGUGUGUGUUUUGUUUUUUCUGUUGUUGACCAAGUUACUGGAUUUCCUAUAUGGGGGAAGAAAAUGUUAAAAGGUCAAAUAUAUUAUCAUGUAAAAAAGAUUGUCAUUCGCAUUCAGUGUUCACAUUUUGAAUUGCAAAAUAUGCAGUUUAUUUAGUAUUUUCUGUUAUUUUCAAUACUUUGUCAUCAGUAAGCCUCUAUAACUGUGGAAAAAACAAUAAUUUAACAUUUUUUUGAUGACAGGCAAAUUGCCUGUAAAUAACAAGAUAUAAUUAAAAUGCAUCUGUUAAUUUACAAAAGUGCCAAAGAAAUGCUAUUAAGCUAAUUAGUACUUAAUUCUGAACCUGACAAAAAAUCUAGUAUUAACAGUUAACUGCACAUUACCUAGCUUUAUUUAAGUGGUAUACUAGAGAUGGUGGUAUACCCUGGGUGGUAUACUCUGAGUGGUAUACUUUAGGGUCCCAGGUCAACUUGUUAUAAAAUGUCUUCCCAGCUAAAGGUAGCCUGUAUAAGGCUUAAUGCCUAUUUCAUUAAAUGACACUGGUAUAUCACAGUAUUACUUCCUAGGAUGUUGGUACCCCAUUCCACAGCUGGGUAGAUGGAGGUUACACAUUUGUAUAUUAAUUUUGAUAGUAAACUUAUAUUGUACAUCAUUAUUUACGGUAAUUGGUGGCUGGACAUUGUCGUAGCUUGACACUGACAUCUUCAAUGUGCAGCCAGCAAUUACUAUAAAUAAUGAUGAAAUAUAGUAGGAUAGUGUAUGAAUGAUGACAGAACAGAUGUGUUGACUUAUCAUCCUUUCAUGAUUCAUUCAUAAGGAAAUACAGAGGUAGUUGCCUUAGUAAGUAUAAAAUCAGGACUCUUCCACAGAUGUGCUUUACUGGUGUUUUAAAAAUGGUGCUUACUUCAUGGAUGUAAAUUCUUGGAAUACAGAUGGACCAGAUUCUUUGAAAUAAUGAGGUUGUGUUAAAAAUCUUACUGAUAUUGAUAGAAGGAAUAAAUACCGACUGUGUGUUGUAUAUAGUAAAUAAAGAAUAUAUAUAUAUAUUGUCUGAUUUCUUUUUGUGAAAUCCUCAAACUGUAGCUUUUCUCAUUCAGGAGAUUUCUCCUGAACUUAUCUACUGUGAGAAGGGGGAAAUGAUUAAAUCUUUAAAAUGUU